AUGAUAUGGAAAUCUUCUCAGAAAGCCCUAAAUCGUUCAAGAUCGAUCGAAAAUCUACCCUAGCUUCGAAGCUCAAAUCAUCUAUUUCCAAGAAACUUUUCGAAUUCCUCGGCAACUACACAGACGACGUUCUUGCUGUACUAACCCCCCUCUCUCUCUCACACACGCACACACAAAUGCACUGGAAGUAAGAUUUUGUAAAAUGACUGUAAUGUUAUUUUCAAUUGUUGACUGUGUUUGGUUGCCGAGAAUGUUGCGGAAGUUGAAAAGAAGAUUAGGGUUUAUAUCAUAAAUUAUUGUCUCUCUAGUUUCUCGACAAACAAACUGAACGUGAAUGAUGUUAACUUUCCAAUGCAAGUGCUGAAAAAUUUCAGCAUACGUAAUAAGAAAAAUGCUACUAAUAUGUGAACCUACCGAUCGAUAAAUUUGUGCUUCUUGUUUAUAUGCUGCUAGUAUGUGCAUUGACCAGUCGGUGGAUGCUUGAGAAUUUAAAUGGCUUCUCUGUAAACCUAGCUUUAUUUUAUUUUUUUCCUCCUAAAACAUUUUUUCAUUCUCAGACUUGAGCUUUCAUACUGUUGUGAGUAUUUGAAGUGGUAGGAAAGAAUGACUCUCCAUGGCUUUCUAUGUUAAUUGUAAAUGGAUUGAUGCUUGCAGUGGUCAGAAGCUUUGUUAAUUUUUUACUAAAAAUACUGUUAAUUCAUGCCAAUGGAUGAGUUUGUGACUUAGGAAGAGAAUAUUCUUCUUCUGAAAGCACUUUUUCUGCAUUAGCAGCCUAAAAUAUGAUAUGGCUAUUAUUCAGAAAAAAGAUGUGAUUGGGUUGCUUGGUUUAAACUUUAAAUUAAUCUAGAGCCUUCCCAACGAAAAAUCAUGACACUCUUUUCAUCAUUAUUUUCUCAUCUUUGCCGCAAAAUUCUGGGGAGAUUAUUGUCUCAAUGCUUGGACAAGCUUCCAGAAACUGGAAACUUUGGCCUUUAAUCUUCCCUUUUUUAUAUAAAAGCUCUUAAAGGAUCGAGAGUGAAGGGUCUUUUAGUCUGAAUUUUAUUGGGCUUGAUAAGAGCAAUAAUGCCAAUAACACUUUAAGCAUCUUCAACUCUCAAACAAAAUGGCGGAUUUAAGUCAGACAGCUCAAAAGUUUCCUAAUAUUUUUUUCUUCAUAGAUAGACUGAUUCUUCCUAAUAUCUUUGGAGGUUCAGGAGUCGUUUGGCAAAACUUUCCUUUUUACCCUCCUAGUUGAAGACUUUUACUUUGAAACUUGAGGAAGUACCACUAGGCUACAACCCUUAGUCAUUUGGCUAAACUUUGAAAAGAUUGUAGAAUUGUUGCUUAUUAAUCUGGCAAUUCUUUAAAUUUUUCGUAUCUCAUAAGCUUAUUUUAUCUUGUCUGGUAAACUUGGUAAUUUUUUUUUGAUCAAAUGAAAAUCUAUUUAAGAACUUCUAAAAUGCCUUAGAUAUAGAACUUAUUGGACCCGGAGACCUUAAAAGUUUGCUACCUUGUUACCAUAAUUCAAGCCCAUCAUAGUGUCCUUGCAUCUAUGUUCUUGUCAUCCUAAAUUUUAUUAUCUGAGUUCAAAUUUUGGUACAACUUGGAAGUCCAUAUCUAAUCUGAAUAUGUACAGAUAAUCUUGGGCUGACGAGUAUGAGGACGCUAUGUUUGACCUAAAAUAUUAGGUUUGUCUCUAAUAUUACACUAUAAGCGCCCCACAUAGUGGGACACAUACAGGGUAAUGCACUUUUUGAUCCAAUAAUAUUUGGUUAUCAUACUUUUGGGUUUCAAGUGAAUUGCUGGUACUAUAAUUUGUUGAUCAUAGGACAUUAUUUCAGUUGAGACCAGGUAAGUAGACCUCCUUAGACUUGUUUACAGGCCUACUCUAAAUGAUGCUGACUUGUUUCUGAAAAGUAAAAAAUUCUGGUGGACCCAUCCUCGUAAUGGUCAGAUAAAAAUAAUGCACUGCAGAUUGAUCUAUAUAACAGGGUAUAUUACAUUCUGAUAUUUUCUUUCUAUUUUCAGGAGUAUAUUACAGUUCUUGUAUGUAAUGGGAAGCAUCAGAAUCAGGCAAGAGAUAAUCUGGAGGCUGUGGGACUUUCUCUUAAAAUAUGGCCAUCAAUCAGAUUCAACCAUUGGUUUAUCAAACACAAAAGACGUCCCUGUGACCAGUCCCUGUAUCAGUCAUGCAAACAGGGAGUUGAGAAGCAGCAGGUCGCAGGACCAUCAAAAUCACAACGGUGGCAACACCGAUAGCUCACUGACCAAAACUAGGAAAUUCUAUCAGCCUUCUACGGAUGUGUGUAAUCCUUUUCCUUCAAGUGAUAUGGUUUCUGCUGAAGGUUUUCAAUAUCUCAAACGUUCUGUUGGUGCUUUUAAUGGGGUAAAUUUCAAUAAGGUUCAAUUGCAGAAACAAAGAAGUGGGAUUCUGAGGGAAGUUGGCGCGACUAAGAAUAUUCAUGAUAAUUCCUUAAUGCAUGAACCUAUUGGAAUGGGAGGCUCUUCUGUGACUCCAGUUGGAGUUGAGCUAAGCACUCAGUGUCUGGAUAAAUCUAAGAAGAUUGUUGAUUCUACUUGUGAUGAGUUUCCUGAUCAUCUUUUGUGCUUACCUAAAAAGGAAACAAUUUUCAGAAAUAUGCAGUCUUCUGUUGCAGAGGGUCCUUGCACUAGAAGAAUUCAUGCUGCCAAUGUUUCUGCAAGUUCUUCUCCAAGAGAAGUUGGUUCAGUAUCCAGUGGGAAUAAAAAGUCACGGGGCAGUGUGUGGGACAGAUUGGGCAAGCCUUGUGAAAACUCCUUCGUCAGCAAAAAAAUCGACACGCAUGGUGUUGAUGUUAUUGAGCAAGAUCAGAAAACAUUUGAUGAGCAUACAAUAUUGCGUCCUGAUCUUAAUGGGGAACUUGGUGAAAGAAUGAAAAGUGAAGCUAAUAAGCUUGAUAAGAGGUGCAGUGUUAACAAUUCUGCUGAAUACCAGAAAAUGGAGCACUAUGCUGCAAUAAGCGAACUUCAUGUUGCGAAUAAUAAUAGGCGGAAGAGACACUUCACGGAGAAUACAACUGGCCCCAAUUAUUUUUCCGUUUCGUUGGUGGGUGAGAGUAACAUGGAUUCACAAUAUAAAAGAAAUUCAAGGAAUUCUAAAAGAUCAAAUUUGACCUCAGAGAAGUCAGAAUCUGUUAAACCCGUUCUGGUUUCACAAGUGCAAGAUGUGAAAAAAAGGUUGCAUCAAAUUGAAGCGGAAAUGUCUAAGUUGCGGUCCAAGCAGCUCGGGAUGAAAAAAGAUGGUGAACCUAAUGUAUUAUCAAAUACUGGUGCAAUGAAGCUUUCAGAGGAAGAUGUUGAGUCGAGAACUGUAUUUGUGACUAAUGUACAUUUUGCUGCAACAAAGGAGGCUUUAUCUUUGUAUUUUGCCCAGUGUGGAGUAGUUCUUAACGUUGUCAUGAUGACUGACGGAUUGAUUGCCCAACCAAAAGGGUCUGCUUACAUUACUUUUGCCAGCAAGGAGUCAGUUGAUAAAGCCAUGGCAUUGAGUGGGACCUCAUUUUUCUCAAGGACUCUGAAAGUUAUGAGAAAGGCAGAUGAAGCUGCACCAACCCAGCUUGCUGCGAAGCCAUCACGAGCACAAUUACCACGGAUUAACCGAAAAGCAGUCACUGGCAGACCCUUUUAUGCCAGUUAUCAUCUUAAGUGGCGGCGAGAACCUGUUCCUGCUGCAUCUGAACCAUCAGCUUCAACAAGCGACGAGGACAGAGUUGGUGCUUGUGUCUCCCAGCAGCAGCCUCCGAGUUCAGUUGCAUCAGUAAUGACCACACAAGCUGCUGCAUCUUUGUCAACUGAGGAGGCUCCCAUAGCUGCCUAAUAUCUCGGGGCAGAAACCUAACAGUGGGAUUGGAUUUUUUGUUCAUAAUGAGGGUUAUUGACAUAAUUAGUGAAGGGGUUUGACUCAACUGAUGCCACUAUGUAGGUAGUUGCGAAUUUAGUAUACCAUAAUCAAUCAAGCUGAUUGUAUGGACCUUUAUAAUACAUAUGCUAAAUGCGAUUUUGUAGCACCUUUUUAUUGUUUCAGCAAUAGAUUUUAGCACAGGAUUAAUAAUAAUCCUAUUCUACUCGGGAUUUAUUUAUUCAAUUCUAACUCUUUCCUAAUCCAAUUCUAAUUCUCUUUACACUCCUAAAAACGAAGGAAUUAAAACAAAGUUUAGGCUUGCUUGCGUAAGAAGAAUAUGGAGUGGAGUUACCAAAGUCUAGGUUUCUUCUUAUAAGGCCUAAAGUAAGCAUUGUUCAUUAAAAUUAUACGUUACACAUUUGUUACUGUUGUAAUAUGUUGGGUAAACGUGCAACUAGAUUAAGCAAAGAGCAGUCUUGGCCAAGAUCAACUAUUCCAUCACUUCGAUUCUGAAAUUGGGAUUCCUCCAGCAUUGCCCUUCCUCCAGAAGUAUUCUCAAUAAUUGAAAUCUGUCGCCCUCUUGCUACCGCCCUCCCCCAAGACCGCCGGACUGAUUUCGCGCCUGUCAUCCUUCAUUAACAGCUAACAAGGCCGUUAAUUGUGGUUAUUAGCUUAAAAUUUGAUCCCCGACUAUAUUUCCCAGGUUUGGCCUAAUUUUGGGCUUCUUUCCUGUCCCAGUUUUUGAGUAUUUGGCCAAAUGGUCGACAUUGUAAUUAUACUUUAUUCAUUUAUUACAGUUGCUUAAAAUUCCCCAAAAAAAAAAAAAUAAAUAAAUAAACUUUUGGUGGUCAACUGACAUACCAGUGGAGUUUGAGUUCCAUUUUUUCAGAGAAAUGGGGCUAUUACAAAUAAAUGAUUUUUUACAGUUGGACUAUUUACCUUUUUCACGCGAGAUGACCAAAUUACCAUUUGACUACUCACUUUACCAAAGUCUUGAUACUCUCUCGCACGAUCUGAUCUGCACACACCACCACACCCACAUUCGAAACCCUAGCUCUCAGCAGAAUGAACUGCUCGCAAUCUCAGGCGAGGUGCCGGAAAGCCGGUGGUUUCGAGGAAGUCUGGGUUUCUGUUCGUGAAGCGAUUAAUAGAGAGACAUAUAUCGGUUUGCUUUACUCAGCUUUCUAAAAUCAUUCGCCCCUGUAGCAAACCCACCAUAUUCAAUCUUUCAGUUUAAUCAAUCACUCUCAAUAGUCGUUCCAUUUGAGCUCCAAGCUCAUAUAGUGUGUGUUGCGUGAAAUGGCACCGGGAGGGAUAGAUGUCAGCUGCUCUGCCUCAAAGGAAGAAGUAUUACCGGCUAAUGUUGUUGUCGGCAUGGACUGUUUGGGAAUCGAUGGAGGAACAUCUUCUAAUCUGAUUCUAAUGGAAGCUCCCAGAGUGACAAGGAAGAUGACGAAGGUGGUGUGCAAAUCAACUGCUUUUCCGAAGAGUCGGAUAGUGUUACUCUCCACUUUCAGAUCAUACGUCUUCAAAAACAGAUUAUUGAUGUGGUGUAUGCGAAGCAUUGCUCAGAUGCAGUAAAAUUACCCAAUAUAAGUAGUCAGAUAUAUGCAUGGAUCGGUUGCAACUCAGCCAAUUUCGGAAAUUUAUAUGCCGCUCUGCUGGCAAGACCU